UAUCAGUAUUAUGUCGAUUCUGCUGCUCAAUACACCAGCAUCUGAUUUGAUUACACUAUCAUUUCAAUCCCAAGUUUCAUACUUGCGAAAUUUCUAAUACCCUUUAAUCUCACAUAACCAAAAUUGCAAUUUUACAGACUUAAAUUUGAUGGUAAUCUAAUUCUAUGCUUAAAGAGGAGCCCAUUACUGUAGUACCUCGAAUUUGGGAGUUUUUGGUACUUUUCAAGAGAUUCUGGAAUUUUUAUUGAAGCUUAACAUAACAAUGGCUGAUCGAGAUAGGAAGAAAGCAUUAUUUCGCGCUAAAUUAAACGCAAAACAACAGAAAAGCCGUAUUGAUUCUCCUCUUGUGAGGUAUAACGAAAUUGAUAAGCCUGUUUGUCGAGUUUGUGACGUCGUAUUAAAAUCCGAUUCUGAUUGGAUAGCACACCAAGCCUCUCGGAAGCAUCAUGAGGCAAUUAACAAUCUUAAGGCAAGUGCGGGUAAGAAAAAUGUGUGUGACAACAGAAAAUCUGAGACCGUUAAAGAGAUUCCUAAACAACAAGGGGAUGAUUCUCUAACUUUCAAGGAUGAUAAGCCAAAUAUGUCUUCGGAUGUACAGAAGUCCAGGCCAUCUUCUGUACUUCCUGCAGAUUUCUUUGACCAAGGGAACGCCAAGCGGCAAAAAGAUUUAUCUGCUCAAGUACCGCAAGCUAAUGCUGGUGUGGGUGCAAUUUCAUCCAAGCCUGCGAAAUCUAGUCAACGUGAAACUCAGCCGGCUAGGGUUGCAGAAAAUGUGAUUGCUGCUUCAGAAAAUAAGCAGAUCAAGGGAGAAUUGCCUGAAGGUUUCUUUGAUAACAAAGACGCUGAUCUACGUGCACGUGGUAUUGAACCUGUGAAGCCAGAUGUCAAAGAUGAGUACAAGGAAUUUGAAAAAUUGAUUCAAGAAGACUUGGCCGAGGUGGACAACCGUUUUGAAGAAGAAGAGAUUGAUGCAGCUGAGUUGAUAGAAGAGGAAGAAAUCAUAGAGCAAAGGACCUAUAGAAGCAGAGUGGAGGAGCUAAAGAGAAAGAAAAUGGAACUUGCUGCUGCUAGAUCUUCAAGAACUAAUAAGCUGUCUGAAGUUUCUGGACCGAAGGCUGAGCAAGAUGGCACGUCAAGUGAAGAUGAAGAUGAUGAGAGCUUUUCUGUUGAUUGGAGAGCACAACAUCUGUGACAAGAUGUUGAAAGGAGGAAGUACGCCAGUUUGUUGUAGCUGUUCACAAUCAAGUAUCAAGGAUCCUGGAACUGAGGAGAUUUUACAAUUUUGUUUAUUGCACUUCUUGUACAUUAUUUGAUAAUAUGUGAGCAGACACUAUUGUUAACCAAGAAAUUUCAGGCAAUAUAAUCCUUGUAAGGAAAUGAGUUCAUCUUAUA